AUGAUGACUGAUCUCGACUACGAGAUAGUGGAUUCUGUUCCACCAAAUGACCAUGCUUGGUUAGAAUGGAAAGAACUGGUCGAAAAAGAACAUUGGUCUUCAGAUGACCUAAGCGUGCUCACUCUCACACCUUUAUUACCAAGUACGCGUGUGGUCAUGGCGAAGAAGAAGCAGGGUGGGAGUUUUAUUGGGUGUGUCAUUUGGAAUGAGUACGAUAAUAUUGCUUGGCUUGGCUUCUAUCUGUUGGUACCCGAAGCUCGCGGUAAAGGAAUAGGCUCAAUCAUGUGGAAGCGUGCCCUCGACAGGAUGCCAAAGGAUUAUACACUUGGACUUAGAGCAGGUAAUCCUUAUAUCAGAUAG